CGGGGAGUGAACUUUUAGCUGCUGUUGGCUACAUUUGUUUUUUAUAUAUAUAUAUAUUUUGUGUGUUAGAGAUGGGGUGGGGAAACAUUUACAGGAGACGUGCGAAUGUAUUUACAUUGGCCAUGAUAAUUUACAUCGAUUAUAAGGCUUUACAGAAAAGAGAGAAAUUCAUGAAGAAACCGAAAAGUGAUGCAUUGUGGAAGAAGGCCCAUGAGCGGAAUGCUAAGCGUGUUUUUAAUUUGAUGGUAGAGUUGGAAGGUUUGUGGGUGAAACUUGGACAGUAUUUGUCCUCACGUGCUGAUGUGCUUCCUUCUGCUUUCAUUUCAAUUCUCAAGCAGUUGCAGGACUCUCUCCCUCCUCGUCCGUUUGAAGAGGUUUGUCGCACUAUAGAGAAAGAACUAGGGAAAUCCACGAAGGAGCUUUUCUUGGAUUUUGACGAAAAUCCUCUGGCAACAGCAUCGAUUGCACAAGUCCAUCAUGCCACAUUAAUUGAUCGGCAGAAGGUGGUUGUUAAAGUUCAAUAUGAAGACAUCAAGAAAAUCAUAUUGGAGGAUUUAAAGGAUGCAAAAUCCAUUGUUGACUGGAUAGCAUGGGCAGAACCGCAGUAUAACUUCAGCCCUAUGAUCGAUGAAUGGUGCAAAGAAGCGCCACAACAACUCGACUUCAACCAUGAAGCAGAUAAUAAAUGUGAGUUCUGGCUGGUCUGGAUGAGGUUAUUGGGAUUUGGGAUUCAUAUCAGGAGCUUGAAAUAACGAUAAUGGAAUCCAAUCAUUGGGACAGUUAAAUCUGAUCAUGUUUAGAAUCCAUACCAAGUGCAGCAUCUUAAUUUUUUAUUGAAUCAAUGAAGUGAAUGGGAUGAUAGCUGUGUGGUGUCAGCAGUGAGGAUAAUUGAUGGUGGUGGAGGCAAGGUUGGCAGUUGUGAUGAUCGUAUUUGGAUUUUAGUGGAGGCAACAGCUUCGCUUGAUGGAUAUGGUGCUAUGAGGCUGGUGGCAGCAGCAAUGAUCAUGGCAAUGUGAGGGUAACUUUAAUGACAGUGGUCAAGGCAGUGUGGUACUCUUUUGGUAGCAGUGCAAUGGCAGUGGCAUGGUUGUAGUGGCGAUUUGAUGGCAACUCAUGUGAAGACUUUGGCAUGGUGCUGUUAGUGCUAAUGGAAGCAUUAGCAUUGGCGCUAUGUUGCAGUGGUGAGCUUGGAUGUUGUAGAGAUGAAAGUGAUGGUUGGCAACUGUGUAUUCAGCCAUUUUCUAGCAUGUUCAUGAAAGUGAAACUCCAACUCACUAUACUGAAUUCAGUGUAGGACAUUCCCAAUAUAUUUAUUAACACUGUGCAGAGACAAUGCAAGGAAUUUUAAAUUCUUUAAUCUCUUCCUCCAUUUAUAUUCUCUUACUGUUUUUCUUAUCAAGUACGUCAUUGUGUUU